GCUCUGUGUCAUGACGCGAUCCAACUGACACAUAAACCGCAUCGCUGAUUGGUCGAAAUCUACUGACCUCGAUGGAGUCCCCGCCUUCUAUACGGCAGAGGACAGGGUGAAGAUGGCGGCGUCCGUUAGGUGCUUUCUCCGCUCCGGAAAGAAUGCCGUGUCGGCUCUGCGGCGGCGGGAAUUUCACAGGAGCGUUCCGGCCGCAGUGCAGGUGACGGUCCGUGAUGCCCUCAACCAGGCGAUGGAUGAGGAGCUGGAGAGGGACGAGCGGGUGUUCCUGAUGGGAGAGGAGGUGGCUCAGUAUGACGGAGCCUACAAGGUGAGCAGGGGCCUGUGGAAAAAAUAUGGAGACAAACGCGUCAUUGACACUCCGAUCUCAGAGAUGGGCUUUGCUGGCAUUGCAGUGGGAGCUGCCAUGGCCGGCCUCAGACCAAUCUGUGAGUUCAUGACCUUUAACUUCUCCAUGCAAGCCAUCGACCAGGUUAUCAACUCUGCAGCAAAGACCUACUACAUGUCUGCUGGUCUGCAGCCGGUGCCCAUCGUCUUCAGAGGACCCAACGGAGCGUCAGCGGGUGUCGCUGCACAGCACUCCCAGUGCUUCGCAGCAUGGUACGCUCAUUGUCCAGGUCUGAAGGUUGUUAGUCCCUGGAACUCAGAAGAUGCCAAAGGUCUCCUGAAAUCAGCCAUCAGAGACGACAACCCAGUGGUGUUCCUGGAGAACGAGCUGAUGUACGGCGUUCCCUUCGAGAUGUCGGAGGAGUCACAGUCCAAAGACUUCACCAUUCCCAUCGGCAAGGCCAAGAUCGAGAGACAAGGAAAUCACGUCACUGUUGUUUCUCACUCUCGGUAUGUCGGUCACUGCCUGGACGCCGCCGCCGUCCUCGCCAAGGAGGGAAUCGAGUGUGAGGUGAUCAACCUGCGGACCAUCCGUCCUAUGGAUGUGGAAAGUAUUGAGACCAGUGUGAUGAAGACCAACCACCUGGUGACAGUGGAAGGUGGCUGGCCUCAGUUCGGCGUCGGAGCCGAGAUCUGUGCCAGGAUUAUGGAAGGUCCUGCCUUCAACUACCUGGACUCUCCGGUUACCAGGGUGACGGGCGUUGACAUCCCCAUGCCGUACGCCAAAAUCCUGGAGGACCACAGUGUGCCGCAGAUCAAAGAUAUUAUCUUCUCUGUCAAAAAGACCCUCAAUGUCUGAGACACACACACACACACACACACGGGACAGCCCCACCUGAAUCCUCUUUGUCUUGUUCACACAGACGAUGAAAAUAUUUGAACCAUGUGUACAUACAGCCAAAACGCUCUCUUCAAAAAAAAAAAAAAACGCUCCAGACUGUAAAGUCGAUGAAACGCACAGCUGUUUGACCUUCAUCCAGAGCCGGGGGACACGCAGAGUCCGGUCAAGUCGUCACCUCUGUUACUCGAUUAGUCUUAAUCGAACUCUGUGUGUGGCUCUGGUUUGCUCUGUCCACUCCCCCCCCCUUCAAAAUAAGAGUCGCUCUAUACUGUAGAUUUUUCUGUAUUUCUGUGACUGUUGUUGUUGACAGCAAAACUUCUGGUUGAGCACAAAAAAAGUCAGGAUUUGAUCAGUCUGCAGUGGAAAUUUGUGUUAUUUUUUUUCUUUGUUGAAUACUGCCUGAAAUGUGCUGAGUAUCAUGCAUCAAAAGUCAAUAAAAAGCUCAGUCAGAUUCUUCAACUUCAUGUUAAGUAGGAAACUUUUUUAAAUUUACACCACAUUUUACACAUUAAUAUUCCCCGAACUAAAGAAUCAGGAAAAGCAGAUUUCAGCCUGAGCAAAAAGUAGCUGAAAAUCUGAGUUUGAGUCCUGAGUUUAACCCUGCAUGCUCUAAAUUUAGACUCUCAGACUGAUUAAAACCUAACUUGUGCUCUCGGUAGUUGUGUUGCUAAUAUACUCAUGUAUAUUUCUAACCACCAAAACAUAUUACACUCAGUCUAUAAACUUAAUUCUUCGCACUUAACUCGGUCCGUCUCUAAAAGCAGCAGUGGGGAAGAACGAACUAGCCGAGUACUGGAGCUGGAGUGUGGUUGGGAAUAUUUAUUGUAGCUGCAGCAGCUCUGUGGAUGUUUUUGUUGCUGUAAAUGACUCUGUUACAGAAAUAAAAACCUUUUAGUCCUUCA